AUGACUGAAUACUCUCGAAACAGUCAUGGUCAAAUCGAUCGAGGCGAUUAUCAACCUCCUUCUCGAAUCAAAAGGGAUGAUAGCUACGGUCGAGACCCUCGAAGUGAAUACAAAGCGGGAGGGUAUCCAGACGACAGUUCUCUUCGUGGCGAACAUCAGUCUCGAGCUCAAGGGGAAGUACCUCAACACUCCUCUCAUACAGAUGAAGAACACCAUUCCCUUGAUGAAGUCGAUCCUGAAAGUGAAGAAGAGCUUCUGCUAAAGAUAGCUCGUCUUGAAUUGGCAGCGAAAAGAGCAGCUAAAGAAAGAUCUGCUCGAGCUCUAAGCGUCGGUAUGGGUCGACCUCCUCGAGCUUCGCCAGCAACCGAAAUUGAGCCAACCAACGGUCGCGAAAAUGACAACCACAAAUUCUACCAAGGUCAGCGCCUUUCCAGCAAUGUUUUCUCUCCGGGUUACGGUUUUCGAGCCCCAGCACCUGGGUCUGACGCUCUUCCUCCUCCAGAGGAGCUGGUCGGCCCAAGUGGUGCAUUCCACAGGGUCUAUCCAGCGCCAAGUCCCAUCUGUGCACCCAUCAACGCCGAUGAUGGAUGGGUAGAGCCUGAAUCUCCACACAUCGGUCUAUCAGUAAACCGCCAUCAACCUCAUCAAUCCAGACCUAUAUCACCUCCGCCCAGUUCUCCAGACGAAAUCAGAGAUCCACCACCUCAUCUUGCUAAGAGGGGAAAUCAUGAUCAUAAGCCGUCCAGUGACCCUUAUGUCCCCUGGCAAGGAGGCGUAGAGUACGCCAGUCCUCCCGCCGAAGAAGAGCCUGGUGUUUCCCCUCCUUCUGCAGGUCCGUAUGUCGGCUUCUCGGGUGGCGUUCGAUAUCAGGAUGAGGCACUCAACCAGCCGAAUAAACCGAUGCCCAUUGAUGAACUACUGCAGUGUUUCGAUCGAUUUAAAGGUAGAGCUUCUCGUGAUGAGUCAGCCUUCUCUGUCCGAGGCAAUCUCGAUCGUCCAGGACGACAACAAGACCCUGGUUGGUCCGACCGCUCUCCUCCCCAAGGCACUAGACAAGGAUGGGGCGAGAGGUCCCAUCGACCGGCAGACGAUCUGUUUGCUCCAACAUCCGCAGACGAUGGUUGGGGUAGCCCAUCUGAUAAUGGCAACCGCAACACCAGCUCGUGGAACAGUGCCCCAACAAAGUGCUACAAUUGCGGUGAAGAGGGACACAUGGCUCGUGAAUGUACUGAAGAGAGACGAAGCGGUGGUGGGGGAGGAGGCAAUUGCUAUAACUGUGAUAAGCCUGGUCAUCAAUCUCGUGACUGUCCGGAUCCCCGAAAGCCCGGAACAUUCAGAGGUGAAUGUAAUAAAUGUGGGGAACGAGGUCAUAUGGCUCAUGAAUGUACCGGCACUUCUCAAUCUCAAGGUUUUGAGAGAUCAAAAGAUUACGGUAAUAACUACAAUAGCCACAACAGAAACAAUGACAACUGGGAUGAAGGAAAAGAUACCAACAAAAGUGGCCCACAAACUGAUGGAUGGAGCGGCAAUACUCCUUCAACUCGACCGGCGCCAGCUAUUCACCCUAGCAGAAUGGGUUUAGUUGAUGCACGAUCCGCCAAAAGACAAUUUUCGUCUGAAGCUCCCCAAGGGUUCGAAUCUGCUCCCUGUGAUGGUAGACCAAGGGACAAUGGAUGGAAUGGGAAACAGGAAAUCGCACCUCCACCUCCUUCGUCUGCUCGACACGCAAUCCCUGCGCAAGAGAUUUCUGCUUGCGAUGCCGGCGAUAGCGGUGGAUGGUAG